AUGAAGCUGGUCACCUCUGGUUGGGUUUUGUUUGCCGUGACCGUUGGUCUGGCUUCCAAUGCGGUUGCCCAUACUCAUCAGUUUACUGAGCACGUUCAUGAGCGCCGUGCUGGCAGCUCAAUCACGCGUAACGGUAACAAGCUCAGCAACCAGAAUUACGACUACGUGAUUAUUGGUGGUGGUACCGCUGGUCUCGCCCUUGCUGGCCGUCUCUCUGAUGAUAACUCGGUUAGCGUGGCCGUGAUUGAGGCUGGUGAGAGUGGCUACGAUGACAAUGACAAGUUCGUUGUCCCGAGCGCCAACCUUUACAACUCUGCAGUCGGCACCCAGUACGACUGGCAGUACAAGACUUCUAAGCAGAACUUCCUCAAUGGCCGCAGGCCCAGCUGGCCCCGUGGCAAGGUUCUUGGUGGUAGCAGCGCUAUCAACGGCCUUUACUAUGUCCGUCACAGCAGCCGCGAGCAGAACAUUUGGGCUGACCUUGCUGGCAGCGGUGGUAGCGACAACUGGAGCUGGGACAACAUCUUGAACGCUAUGAAGAAGAGUGAGGACUUCCACGGUGCCAGCGCGAAAGUGACAAACUCUGCUCACAUUGAGUGGGACGAUGGUUCGCACGGCCACAAUGGCCCAGUCGGCACUACAUGGCCUGCUGUGACGCACAAGCCAAUCGGAGCUUUUAUUGAGGCUGCCGGCAAUGCUGGUAUUUCUCAGCGCAAAGAUGCGUACGGUGGCAAGAACUGGGGCACGUACGUUGCCCUUUCUACCAUCAAGCACUCUGACUGGACCCGCAGCUUUUCUCGCACUGCUUAUCUUGAUCCGAUUUCGUCGCGUUCCAACUUGCACGUCCUUACUGGACACACUGUGACCAAGAUCAACUUUGAUCAAUCCAACAGCAAGAGCGUUCGUGCCACCAGCGUCAACUACUCUGCCGGCGGUAACCAACAGACCCACACUGUGCAUGCCAACAAGGAGGUCAUUCUUUCUGCUGGUACCAUCAACGACCCGCAGAUUUUGCAGCUUUCUGGCAUUGGUGACUCUGGUUUGCUUAACCAGCAUAACAUUGACGUUGUGGUUAACCUUCCCGGUGUCGGUCAAAACCUGCAAGACCAUCUUUCCGCAGGCAUGUCGUUUAGCCCCACUGAGCGUAAGCUUGCUGGUCCCGCUGAGAUUACUGGCGACAGGAAGAAGGACUCGUACGUUAACUCUGCUGUGUCCUAUGUGCAGUUUGACAACCUUUUCAAGGAUGGCAACGGCGUUAUUUCGAAGAUCCAGGGUGAAAUUGACGGCAUUGUGAACAAUGCCAACGUUCCCAAUCAGGUCAAGAAUGGUAUGCGCAAGACGUACGACGCCAUUGUCAACCAAAUCUACCCAUCGCACGUUGCACCUGUCGAGAUUCUCGGCAACGUUAUGUUUGGCAAGAUCAACAUUCAGGCCGCUCUUCAACACCCGCUUUCGCGUGGCUCGGUCAAGAUUAACAGCAACAAUCCGUUUGAUGCGCCUACAAUUGACGCUGGCUACCUCUCCCAGAACCAAGACUUGGUUUCUUUGCGCCAGGCCUUUAAGCUCAUCCGCAAGAUUGCCCAGCAGGAGCCUCUUAAGAGCAUGAUUGCACAGGAGGACAGCCCCGGUCAAAAUGUGCAGAGCAACGAACAGUGGGAGGACUGGAUUCGCCAGAACGCUGGUACUGAGUACCAUCCUAGUGCCACUUGUUCGAUGCUUCCCCGUAGCCAGGGUGGCGUUGUUGGCUCUGAUCUUAAGGUGCACGGCACUUCCAACCUCCGUGUUGUUGACGCUUCGAUUCCUCCGAUUUCCUUCUCUGCCCACUUGAUGUCUAUUACCUACGGCAUUGCUGAGAUUGGUGCUGAGAUUAUCAAGCGCGACAACUAA